AUGGGGGAUAAAGAGCCAGAUAUUGCAAUUAUAGACUAUUUUUGUGACGAAUUGUUCCCCAAUUACAAUAUUAAUCGAGAUCUUAUAAAGAAUUGGCAGGUUGAAUUAAUUGAUAAUUUGAAUGAUCCUAUAAUCUUAGCUGCAAUCAUCGAGGAGGAGAUAAUAUUAGGAGCAAAUCCUUUGGAUUCACUGUUGAAACUUUCAAACUCAUCAACUGUGUCCUUCUUGUCGAAAUUUGAUCUUUUAGAUGAAGAUAUUUAUAGAGACUUUAAGAUCCUAUUGUUUGAGUUAUUGUCUUACCUUUUAACUAUGAAUUACACCACCAAGAUCAUUGCAACAAGGUUGGGUAUCCAUAAUAUUCUUUUGAAUAGAUUCUUAGAUCUUAUUCCUCAUUGUCAAUUGAAAGAUCUUAUACACGAUAAACCUACCAUAUUGAACCUGCAUUUCAAGUUGUUGGUGGAUUUACUUGAAUUGGGAUGUGACCCAAUAGCAUUGAAAAGGUUAAUCACAAGGUUAUUCGACGUUAAUAUCAAACAAUCACAGAGUACAACUGAACGGAUUAUAAUCUUGGAAUUCUUGAAUCAACUUAUCAAGAAAUAUUCCAGCCAUUUCAAAUUUAUCACAUUUAAUAACUUAAAUAAAGCCAUUCCAAUACCUUACAGUAACCUUAAUAGCUCCAAACUUUUCAGUCUUCAAGGGUGGUUUAAAUUGAAUAAUGUAGAUGAGUCUUUGAAUGAGGAUGCUAUAACAUUAUUCACUUUCACCAAUUCAUCAAAUUUGAAUGUUUCCAAUUUCAUAGUGAAGUCAUUGAAUUAUAAUCAGUUUCAGGUGUCAAUAAAGAAUAACACUAACAAUUCCAAAAUUCAAUUUUCUUUCAAUCAAAUAUUAAACUUUGAUAGUGAUCCUAAUGAAAAUUUCAUCAAUUUCGUUUUUACCUUUGAUAAGUACCAAAAUUUGAAUCUAUUUAUCAAUGGUGAGUACUCAGAGUCCAUCCCAUGUCCUGACCUUUUCAAUAGUAUAGAUGCAUGGGACAAAUUGUACAUUGGAGACGAAAAUGAUAAUCUUAACGUGAAAAAUGAAUUGAUUAUACGGAAUCUUACCGUUUUGAAUACCAAUCUAUCCAUCCAAUGGAUAAACCUUCUUUAUAACCUAGGGUUGGGUUAUGAUUGGAAUUUCAAGGAAUUUACAAAUGAUAAUAUCUUCAAUUUAUUGAACCAUUUGAAUUUUGAAGGUUUGACAAACUUAUCAUUGAAAAUCAAACAAUUGAAUGGACAUAAGAAACGAAGGAACAGUUUUAGAGACUCCAUAGCCCAAAUCACUCAUUUAGAUCAAUCACAUACCAAUCACAAGCCAUCUGUUAGUAACAAAAAGUUGGCAAAUGGUUUAGCUUUGAAAAAUCUCAUUGAUAAGGCAGAUAUAGCUCAUCAUUUAUCCAUCAACAAGAUCACUGAAGGCAACAUACUUUUCAAUUCCAAUACCAACAGUAAUAACUAUUUACAAUCUAUAGAAGCAGACAAGAAUUCCCAUCUAUUAACCCACGAUGCAGAAUCUAUCCAUGGUGGUUUAUAUAUCAUUGGAGGAACGCAAAUAAUUUUGCAAUUCAUUGAAUCGAUCAUCACAGAUAAGUCACUAGAAACAUCCCAAAGAGAUAGUAUGUUGGUCAAAUCUUUGGAGUUGGUGUUCAAACUUAUCAAUAACAACUGGAGAUUAGGUAAGGAGUUCGAGAACAUCAAUGGAUACGGAAUAUUACAAAUUUUAUUGACUAAUUAUAAAUAUCUUAACAAAUCAUUGAAAUUGUCAAUCAUGCCUGAAAUGGUGAAACUUGGUAAAGAGAACGAUGACGAUUAUGAGAACCUCACAUUGUUAAACUUAAUUCUUAAGUACGUAGGUUACAAUUUCACUUACUUGACAGAUUCAAUUAUUAUUAAUCCUAAUUCUUAUAGAUAUUUAAUACUCAACUUUGAUAUUUUCAAUGAUGAUUUGAGUUUCCCAAUGAUACUCAAGCAAUUCAAUGUGUUCAUGAUCGAAAGUCAGUAUCAUGAGUUCAAUACAAUGGAACUCAAUAAGAUGAAUUUAUUGAAGAAGUUGAUCCAAUUCUUUAAAUCACCUCAAUUAACUAAUGUGAGACCGACUGCAGAAUUAACAGACCAAUUAAACCCCAUCUUAUCAACCAUAAUAAAGUCGGAUAUUGCUGUAGAAACUAUCAAAUCCAUUUCAGAUUUUAUCAUCUACUCCAUCUAUUCUUCAAAUCAAGAAUGUAAUCCUGAGUUUGGUAUAAUCACAUUAAAUGCCUUGACUAAUGUCUUAUGUGACAGUGACUCGAGUAUCAAGAUUUUAAAGAAAUUUUCAAGAUCCAUUACGAUUCAUUGGAUAUUGUUGAUUCUUAACACGAAAUCUUUGAAAUACAUGUCCUCAAAUUCUAAGGACAUUGUAACAUGUGGAGUGAGAUUAUUAUCAAAACUUUUGAAAGCAUUGGGUCCUACUAUCAUCAAGAGAUUCUUCAUUGCCAACAGGGGUCUUGAUAUUCUUACUCAUUUUUUGAAGACCUGGUGGUACAAUGAUGAAGUAUUGUGCGUGAUUUACUUAGCAGCUUUUGGAAUUGAUGGUUAUAAUGAAAGAUAUGUAUCUUUGACAGACUUGAUGAAGUCUCAUGAUGAUCAAAUGUUUUCCAAGCUUGUCAUUCCAGAAUUCUUGAACUUAUUAAACAAUAUGGUUUUGAAUUCGUUGUAUACUUUGAGUGAAAGUAAGGGGAAGCUUUUAGGAUCACCAAAUAGUACACCCAAUGUUAAACAAAACUUGGAUAUUGCUUACGAUACUUUACAUCUCAUCAAUCUGUAUUGUCAAUUGAUAGAUUAUGGGUAUAAUAACUUCAAGCCCUUAUCCACAUUUUAUACAGAGAAAGAUUGGAUUGAUGGAAUCUUUGAAUUGAUAGGUUACCUAAAGUUAUUCCUAACCUGGGAAAAAUCGAAUACUGAACUUUAUUUGAAUUUCAAAGCUUGUUUCACAAAGUUAACCAAGACGAUUUCUAACAUUUUUGUUUCCAAGUUAUUCACCAGUAACAGUAAAUUCUUUGAAAUCUUCAAUAGUUCAAGUGAUUUCACCAAAAAGUUGAUUCUAGAUAUAAUAUUCCCUCAUAUAUUUGAUCAUAUAAAUGAGUUCAUAUCAGUCUCCAAUUUUAUCUUCAAUGAGAAAGAUUUUGUUAAUGAGUCCACCAAUAUGUUAAUAUUUUAUCAUUCUGAAUAUAUCCAACAGAAGUUUCUUGUUGGUGAUGAAGAUUUGACUGCAUAUUUAACUUGCGUCUUGUCGAUUAUAGAAAUCAAACAGAAUACCAACUUAACAACUUCAAUUGGGAAAUUGAAAUCAUUGGUAGGUGAAUUGUUAUUGCUUAAACUUGUGAACUUCUCGAAAAUGAAGGUUGACAAAGAUUGGGUAGAUGUACAAGAAGUCUUGAAAGACGAACCUUCUAUUACGGCCUCCGCUCCUUGUACACCUACAACUUCACAUUUUGAUCCUUCAAUAUCUCAACCUUCAACUCCUUCGAAGGUUGAAAAGAAGCUGCAAAAUGCAAAGUUCGAUGGCCUUGUCAAAUUGUUACUUUACAGACAAAUGACACUUUUCCAGAAGGAUGUCUUGAACGAUCAGCAAUUGGCAGAAGUUUUCUUAUUAUUAAUCGGUAAUUAUUUCAAGUUAAGUCCAACAUUUGGCCCAGAACAUUUAUUUAACUUAUUAAGAUCUGGUUAUAUGAUGAGACAAGAUGAUUUCGAUGCAGUGAUUGGGUUCAUGACCAAAGAUGUUGAUUACAGUGCAACAUUCGAACUUAUAAACGAGUUUUUCCAAACCUUGAUAGUCAAGAACGAUGAAGAAACUGUCAAAGCUAUAACUAAAUUUCCAACUUAUAGACAUAUUUUCCAUAACGGAAGUAAUCAUUUGGCUUCAAAAGAUUUCGAUUCAUCCAAGUUGGACAUAGAUAAUAUGAUCAGUGUGACUUUGAAUAAUGGUGGGAAGUUGGGUCAGCUCGAUAAUAUUUAUAUUAAAAGUUUUGAACGUGAUUGCCAUCAGCUAAGAAACCAAUCAAUGAAAUCAGAAUUGUUCAAAUUCAAUAGAGCUAAUCAAGACCACGAGGAAAAUAUCUUAUAUUUUGCUUCAAGCUAUAAUUCAUUGAAAGUUGAAUCUAAUAGAUUGAUAUACGGAAAUUGCAACAAGAGUUAUGCCUUGGAUUUCAUUGAAAACUUUGACAGAAUAAGAAAUAGGAUGAUUCUUGAAGAUCAAUUGGCUGAAUCAGAAAAGUUGGCUUAUAAAAUUGACCUUCCCAUAAAAAAGGUAUCGGAGAGUUUGGAUAAUGAUAAAUCCAACGAUGCAUUCAACCAUGCUAUCAUUAGCAACGGAAUCGAUACCUUGAGUCUUUCCACCAAAGAUGUCUACGCAGAAACCACGGGAGAUAGCUUCGAGAUGAUUGGUGAUGAGGAGAGGUUUCCUGGAUCGGAGUCUGGUGAUGGAGAAGAGAAUGGUGAAUUUGAUCAGAAAGAAAUGGAAAAAAUCAGAGCUUAUGAAGACAAAAAUAGAAAGGUAUUGAGAAGUUUAUAUUUAGGGGAUCAUAUUGUUUCUUUAUGGAACAUUAGCCAAAUUAACGGAUUACAACCUAUUGAGAGUCUUAUGAUUCUUGGGUCCACUCAUUUAUAUAUCAUUGAGAAUUAUUUCCACCAGUCAGAUGGUAAUGUUAUUGAUGUACAAGACGCUCCCAUGGAACUUCGAGAUUCAUAUUUACAAUUGAUUAAUAGUCAAUCAAAUUACUUGACCAACAAGACAAGUAGAUCUCACAGAACAAAAAAUUGGAGUCUUGAUAUUUUAAGUUCCAUAUCUAAGAGGCAGUUUAUUUUACGUGACAUUGCCUUGGAGAUGUUUUUCAGUGAUGGAGCCAGUAUCUUAUUGACCUGCUUCAAUCAAAGAGAGAGGGAUACAAUUUAUAAUAGAUUGCAAUCUUACUGUAUUGGAAAAGGUUUGGAUCAAGAUCUCUCUGAGACUUUACAAUUAUCAUCUUCAUUAUCCACCAGCCAUUCCCAAAACACCGCAAACUCAUCAUUCUUUGGGGCCAGAUUCGCUUCAGCUUUCUCCAGUAAUGUGUCUCCCGAUAAUUUGUUGAAUGCCACCAAGAAAUGGCGAAAUGGGGAGAUGUCUAAUUUCUAUUAUCUUAUGAUUAUUAAUACCUUGGCGGGGAGAACUUUCAACGAUUUGACUCAGUAUCCUGUCUUCCCCUGGGUUAUAGCUGAUUAUACUAGCGAGAAAUUGGACUUAUCCAAUCCAAAAACUUUUAGGGAUUUAUCGAAACCUAUGGGAGCUCAGACUGAGCCCAGGGCUUCGGAAUUUAGAGAAAGAUUCGAUGCUUUAGAUAGUCUUCAAGAUGAAAAUUCACCUGCUUUCCACUAUGGAACACAUUAUUCAUCCGCAAUGAUUGUAACCUCAUAUUUAAUUAGAUUGGUACCUCACGUUCAUUCAUACCUUUUGUUGCAAGGAGGAAAGUUUGAUCAUGCUGACAGACUUUUCAAUUCUAUUGAAAAAGCUUGGAUUUCAGCAUCUAAAGAAAAUACCACUGAUGUAAGGGAAUUAAUACCUGAAUUUUUUUAUUUGCCAGAGUUUUUGGAGAACACUAAUAACUUCGAAUUGGGUACGUUACAGAAUGGUGAAACGCCUAACAAUGUAAGUUUACCAAAAUGGGCGAAAGGAGAUGUCAAAGUAUUCAUUCAAAAAAAUAGGGAAGCCUUAGAAAGUCCUUAUGUUUCAGCAAACUUACACUUAUGGAUCGACUUAAUUUUUGGAUUCAAACAGAAUGGACCAGAAGCUGUGGAUUCUUUGAACGUGUUCCACCAUUUAUCAUACAACGGAGCCAUUGACUUGGAUAACAUAAAUGAUGACAUGGAAAGAAAAGCAGCUAUUGGUAUGAUAAACAAUUUCGGUCAAACACCAAACAAGAUUUUCAUGAAACCUCAUGUACCAAAAGAAGUCUUGAACUUACCAGACUAUUAUUUCACCUCAAUAGAUGAUACAAAGGCUCCAAAGUUGGUGUUUGAAUCUAAGUUGAGAUGUCCCAUCAAGAAAAUCGAAGUCAGUCUGAAAACAGGUAAAUGGGUUGGAAGACCAAAAUGCGUUUGUAGUGAAGACGACCUAUUGAUCAGAAAAGUCGGAAACAUAGACGAAGAUUCUAGAUCUAUUAUUAUCAACAACACAUCCUUUUUAGACAUUCAUAGAUCCCAUAUCACUUGUAUCCUUCAAAUUGGCUAUAAGACAUUUUUGACAGGUGAUACAGAUGGGUUGAUAAACAUCUGGAAAUGCAAUUUGAAGCCUUCAUUGAAUUUACAGUUCCAAGGACUCUUGAGGGGUCACAUGUCUGAGAUCAAGGAGUUGAAGUAUAGUAAAAGCUACAAAGUUGGUAUAUCUUCUGAUAUCAGAGGAAAUGUCUACUUAUGGGAUUUUGUAAGAUUCAAAUUCAUAAGGAAAAUAAAGAUAGGUGAAAAUGGUGACAUAUUGAUUGAUAUAUCUAAUGAUACAGGGAACAUAGCUGUUUUGGAUACCAAAUCAAACAAGGUCUCAUUGUAUACAAUCAAUGGAGAUUCAAUUGUCACUGCCGAUUUACCCAAAGGUAGAAUCUCCAGUUUGAGGUUUGGAAGUAUAAACCAUUCAAAAAUCCAUACCGGCAAACAACUGAACAACAAUAGUCAUAUUUAUUGGAGCAACGAGUUAAUUUCGUUUGCGUAUGGUAAGAAUGAUCCAUACAAUGAUGAGGAAGUGAAUAGUCAAACCAUCAGUGUCUAUGAGCUUAAAAGUGGCGAUGAUGCUGAAGGCUUAUGGAGAUUAUCAUUACUUACUUCCUUAUCAACAAAACAUGAAGGAAUGGGAGAGAUCACUUCUUAUGAAUUAUUCAAAAAGACUAUAAUGGAUCCCGAAGACAAAUUAGUUAGAGGUUAUUUGGGACUCAUUAUGGGAGACGAUAACGGUAGAGUCUACCAAUGGUAG